UCCCGCCGCCAAGGGCUGUUGUGGCGUACCCGCUCCCCCCAACCCCGCGCACCGCCCCGCUGCGCACGCUCCGCUAGCCUGCCUCCAGCAGCUACUGUGGGGCCCGCCCGAGCUGCCGCCCGGGCCGCCCCUUCCCGCCGUCGCAUUCCCCCCAAAGAUGGCGGCCGCGGCGCUGCUCCGGGGCGCAACUCCAGGGCGCGGCGGCUCGGCCUGGCGCUGGCGGCUGCGCGCGGUUCCGAGGCGCCGCCUGGCCCACGGCGCCUACUGUCAGGGCGGCGGCCCCAAGGGCGGCGCGGCCUGGGCUUGCUUCCUGCUGGGCGAGCGCGCCCUUGUGCGCGUGCGCGGACCGGACUCGGCGCCCUUUCUCCUGGGUCUGCUGACCAAUGAGCUGCCACUUCCGGGUCCUGCGGCCGGCUCGGCUUCGGCCCCGGCGCGCGCGAGCUACGCCCACUUUCUCAAUGUCCAGGGACGCACGCUCUAUGACGUCAUUCUCUACGGGCUCCUUGAGCACUCGGAUGAGCAGCCCACCUUCCUCCUGGAGUGUGACACGUCAGUGCUGGACGCGCUGCAGAGGCAUCUGGUGCUGCACAGGAUCCGGCGGAGGGUCACGGUGGAGCCAUGCCCUGAGCUGCGCGUGUGGGCCGUGCUGCCCUGUGCCUCUGAGGACGCCAGCAGGGCUGCACCGCUGCAGGAGAAGGCCGAGGGCACCGCCGUCCUCACCCGUGAUCCCCGGACAGCCCGCAUGGGCUGGCGGCUCCUCUCCCAGGAUGAGGGCUCAGCCCUGGUGCCCGGGUCCCAGCUUGGGGACCUCCAGGAUUAUCACCGGCACCGGUACCAGCAAGGUGUUCCCGAGGGGAUCCACGACCUGCCCCCAGGAGUGGCUUUGCCCCUGGAGUCCAACCUGGCCUUCAUGAACGGCAUCAGCUUCACCAAGGGCUGCUACAUUGGCCAGGAGCUGACGGCCCGCACCCACCACAUGGGUGUCAUCCGAAAGCGCCUCUUCCCAGUACAGCUCUCAGGCCCCCUCCCGGUGGGCGGCAUCGCCCCCGGCACCUCCGUGCUCACCGAGUCAGGUCAGGCAGCCGGCAAGUACCGGGCAGGCCAGGGGGACGUGGGGUUGGCUCUGCUGCGGGCAGAGAAAGUCAAGGGCCCUCUCCACAUCAGAACCUCUGAGAGCGGUCUAGUGGCCCUGACUGCAUCUGUGCCAGACUGGUGGCCCACAGCUACCAACUAGCCCUGGAUGUCCCUGCACUCCUGCACAGGGCCUCUGUCCAUCUGCUGCACCCUGUAGGCCGGCCCCCGCUCCCAGGGUGGCCCAGUUGAACGAACACCAGCUUGGAGGCUCCCCAAGUAUACGUGGGCCUCCCAGGGCUGCAGGUAUGGGGGGGGCAUGCCAGGUGUUCCCAGCCCACCAUGCUUCCUCUGGAGGGUCCUAUGCUCAGGGUGGGCCAUCCUCUCCUGGCAGCUCUGUGGCCAGAGCAGCAGGAGCCUCUUGGGAACUGGGGGCAGGUAGGGGUGAGCCCUGCACCUGCCUCUGUGCUAUGCUGAGCCCUAGCUUCCACUAGACCUUGGAUGAGGCUCCAAACCAUAUAGGCCUGGAGGUCAUUCAUCCAUCAGCCAGGGAUGCUCCAGGAUGUGUCUGAGCAUCCCUCUUGAGUCUGCUCGGGCUGGCCUGGGGAGGAGGCUUCUCAGUGUCUGGGGUGGCUGAAGGGACAAGUGGGCUCCGGGAAUUGUCUUACCAUGUUGGCUUGGGGGCAGGUCUCAGGGUGAGAAUCUUGGGGGCCGGGUGGAGUGGCGGUGUCUGUGAGUCGAGGUGUAUACACUGCUCACACCCACCAGGGGUCUCCCAAGUGUAUCCCUGUGCUCAGGGGCAACCAGCUGGGGGAGCCCCAGUACCAUUUCUUGCCAGGGUGCCCCAUCUGCACAGCUUCGGCCCCACGGUGGUGUCAGCAGCCCUGCCUGCCCCCUCCGUGCCCCGCAGACCUCAGGAGCUUGGGGUAGGGGAGGCUGCCCUGGGACAGCAGGGCCCAGGGUGCAGAGAGGAGCUUCAGCUUGGUUUACUCGCUGCUGCUUUCUGAUGCAGGCAUGUCUUCACAGUGAGGGGAUGACUGACUUAACCCCGCUUUAAACCACUGAUUUCCAUUUUCCCACUGCAAUGUGAAUCUCGUGUUUAUGGGGUGUCCCACCAGAUACCCCAGAGUGGCUAUUAAAGUGUGACCCACAACUGG